AUGUUUUCUUUGGGAAAGCUUUCAAAUUCGGCCAAUCACCCUGUCUAUUUUGAUAUCAGGUUAAAAUCACCCUAUAAGAAUAUACUUUUAAUUCAUGGAACACCACUAGAGGCAGAACCCAUUCCAAUUUCAGGCCAUCUAGUUUUCUCGCUUCCCGAAUCCAUCUCUGCCAAGAAAAUCUCGCUAAGGUUAGUAGGCACUUUCAAAUUAGAGUUCCUGCAGGUCGGGCAACACAAGAAUUCCAGUCUGGCAAGUAUCGUAAAAGAACGCCGAACGAUAUUUGAGUGCAAUUGGAAUAAUCUACUCAUUUCAUCAGAAGGAAUUUUGGCUAAAGGCGCAGACCAAAAUGAGGCCCCUCAAAAAGCAGCUCCUCCAUCUGCCCUUUCCAAUACGUCAAUCAAUAACUUGUGGAAGCCUAUCAAGAGGAGCACAUCUACACCUUUACUCAACCUUUCACCAAAUGGGGGCUUUGAUGGUACUUCCCAGGAUGGUGUGGCUGUGAGCCCCGGUCAGUCAUUCUUUCUCAAAGAAGGUAAUUACGAACUUCCCUUUCAGGCAUUAUUACCUCCAGAAACUCCUGACACAAUUGAGGGACUACAAGCUGGCUCUGUUCUUUACAGAUUUGAAGCUCAUUUGGAGCGUGGUAGUUUUAAAACGCCUUUUACCAAGCACAAGUAUUUGCGAAUCUUCCGCACAUUAUCACCCAACAAUAUGGCAGUUGGUGAGGAGAUGAGUGUGGGAAAAAGUUGGCCAGAUAGAUUACAAUAUGAAAUAUCCAUUCCUAGUCGCGCAAUACCGAUAGGUGGAGUUACCCCUGUUACGGUGAAACUGUACCCUUUUCAGAAGGGUUACAGACUGAUUAAGAUAGAUGCCAACCUCAUCCAAUACUAUGCAUUUAAGGACCAGAAUAAUCAGGUAUAUGACGAUCAAUCAGUCGUCUUCCAUCAAGGAAUGACAAAUUUUGAAGACCUGCCUGGUUGUGAUUCGUCCAGAGGCAACAUCAUAACCGAUAAACUUAAUCUGGAAUCCUCCCUUAUGUUUCCGCAAAGCCUUAAGAAGGUUACUCAACAUUGUGAUAUUGAGGGUGACUCUAUUAGAGUUCGUCACAAACUGAGUAUCACAAUAUUCUUGAAGAAAAAGGUCGGAGACGAGGACAAAACCACAGAGAUAAAAGCUAAUCUCCCGAUUUUUCUUUAUGUGUCACCUCACGUACCACUUAAUGGGCGCCUUGUAUUGCUGGACAAUGCAGGUAAAAUCCACUUUCGGUCUGGCGAAGGUGUACGUCUCUUCGAGAAACAGCAGCUGUAUGUCCCGAAUCUCAGCUCUCUGAACAACGUUCAUAGGCUAAAUGAUGGCUCGUUAUCGGUAAGCUACUUCCCGGAAGAAGACACUGAAGCUCCACCCACAUAUGCAAAGCAUAUGUACGAUCAGCUAUAUAACUAUGCUGAAGACGCGGGAAUAUGCCAAUCAUCUGAAUUGGGGCGUAGCGGGACUUCUACUCCUAAUGUGUAUCAUGCGAUUCUCAGGGCAAGGUCUGAAAGCCAUUCAAUUCUCGACAAAAUGGUUGAGCCGAUGCAAGACUUGUCGCUAGAAGAACUGAAUCGUGUUCCUUCGUAUGAUCAAAUUGGUGAAGAUGCGGAAGAUGAGCCAGCUCUUCCUCUGGGUGAACUUACACCUUCCUACGAAAAUUCAGGUUCUGCUUCAAUUUCCAGAGCAGAUUCGCCUGUAAUUAUCGAUGUUGUCGGGCGCCAGCCAAGGCAUACUCUACACGGAGGUCUUGCUCACUUUGUGCGUGGUCACUCUACUUCAGACUCAAGUGGAACACCCAUCUCGUCAUCUAGCUCCAACCUGCCAUCAAAGUCCACUUCAAGCUCACAUCACUGA